UUUUUCUCGUUAGAAAGUGUUCCCCUCCCAAUUUUCAAAUUUGCCUAUUUUUCCAGAUUUUUUAAAGUAAUUUUCUGCUAUUUUCAUGAAGCAUUUUUUGAAGUAUUUUACACACCUUUAUACAUUGUUAGGAAGGGCAGGGCACAAUUUUCUUUUUUUUUCUGUUCGGCAUCGAUUGUGUCACCUCUUUGAAAAAGAGGGGGGGGGUAGUCUUGUUUAAUAACAAUGAAAAGCUUUUUGCUCCCCCGGCAGUUUUCCUGGGCAUUUCCCUCUGAUUCUCUGGAAAAGAUGAAAAUUAAAUAUUCAUUCUUUUUGCCAUUUUUAAUUUUUUUUUCUUGUUUCAUUUUAAAAAUAGGAGAAAAAGAAAAAAAAAUUUUUAAUCCUGGCCAAGUAUUUUAAAAUGACCUAAAAAUUAAUUUUUGAAUGAAUAUUCUUCUUUGGACAUUUUUUCUGAAAGGAAUUGUUUGUUUUGAAAAAAUGGGGUGGAUGGAGGAAUUGUCAAGUUCUGUUGAAUCUUGGGGGUAUAAACACUUGGAGCAAGAAUCAGCCCCUGAAUUUUCUGUAGAUGACAUCCGCCUUCGUGCUUUUGUUCUAAGAGAAGGAAGAAUGCCUAGAAGAAAUACAAAAGACUCAAAAAAUAAUUCCCUCGAUUUUGAGGAAGAAAAUAAAUUAUUUAAAAAACGCCUUCCAAUAGAAGAGCAGCAAUUAUUUACUGGACAUAGAAGAUUGGUGGAAGAAAUUUUGGAAAGUUAUGAUCCUACAGUUCACCCUCGUAGAGACUUUAGAGAAUCAACACGUGUCAAUUUAAGCAUGUCUCUGUACCAAAUAUUGGAAGUGGACGAACGUAAACAAAGCAUUGUUGUGAACGUGUGGAUGGUAUGUAGGGGGAUUUAUUUAAAAAUUUCAAUUUUUCUAAAGGUUCAAAAUUGGUUUGAUGAGGUAUUUCCUUGGUUUUCUUUCAAAAAACAUUUUUUCCUUCAAAAGUUUUUGGAUUGGGACCCAAACAAAUUCGAAAUGAUCAACAAAACGAUAGUGCCUUAUCAACAAAUAUGGGUGCCUGAUACGGUUUUCUUUUAA